UUGUUUGACAAAUAAUUUAUUUUAAUCUUUUAUAAGUAUUUUUUUCGUUUUAGAUCAAUUCAAACUAAUUUCUAAAUAUAAAUUCACCAAACCUAGCCAAAACCACGUGCAGCAAUCGAAUAAAUUCUAAUUGUCAUGUUGGUGGCUAGUCGCUCAAAAUCAGUUUUCACCAAUGUGAAAGAAUCCAAGCGUUUGUUCUGCCUGCGCCGCGUAUUCGAAGAAACCCGACAAGCCCAACGUCUGCGCCAUCCAUCAGCUUCAUUCAUCACCCCACAGAACGAGCAGCAAGGCGAGCAACGGUUUCCUCGUGCUCGCAAAACGCCGAUCCCACCGAUUGUACCGUUAGCAGCGCCGCUCACCCCGCUCGCCGGCCGGUUAGCAUCGUCGCCGUUGCUCGUCGCCGCGACUCGCCCGUGGUGCGCGCCUUCGGUUCAGUCGGUUGCCGUGUCAGUGUUGUUUUUGGGGCGCCGCGCCGAUCGCUACACGAGCGCGCACAGCAGUCGGCGAGCCAUUGGCAGCAGCGACGGUGCCAUACGAGAGUACUCAACGAUCGCGCAGCAAACCCCAGCGACGCACAUCAUGCCCGAGACGACGAAACCCUUCGAGCGCCUGCCGGCGACGGUACAGGCCAAACACUACAAGCUCUGCAUCACGCCGAAUCUCAAGACAUUCGCCUUCGACGGCGAGGUGGACAUUCAGCUUGAGAUUCUCAGCCCAACAAAUAAAAUUAUCUUAAAUGCGCUCGACUUGGCAAUCAACAAAGUCCUCAUCGUCGGGCCCUCGAAAAAUACUUUAUCACCGAAGGCGAUAAACAUAUCCGUGGAAAAUGAGACGGCUGAGAUACUACUCGAAGAACCACUUGCGACAGGUUCCUGGAGCAUGCAUAUGGAAUUCACAGGCGAAAUCAAUGAUAAAAUGAAGGGUUUAUACCGCAGCAAGUAUGUGAAUGAGCAGGGAGAAGAUCAGUACGCUGCUGUCACGCAGUUUGAAUCCACAGACGCUCGCAGGUGUUUCCCCUGUUGGGAUGAACCGGCAUGCAAAGCCACUUUUGACAUCUCUCUGAUUGUACCACCGAAACUUGUCGCGCUUUCAAAUAUGCCCGUUAAAACCAUGAAUCCCUGCGGGGAUCUGCUCAGAUAUGAUUUCGAAACCACUCCGAUCAUGUCUACAUACUUGGUGGCUGCCGUUGUGGGCGAAUAUGAUUAUGUUGAAGAUAGGUCUACUGAUGGAGUGUUAGUUCGUGUUUACACACCUAGAGGGAAGAAGGAACAAGGGCAGUUUGCUCUGGAGGUUGCUACCAAAGUGUUGCCAUAUUAUAAAGAGUAUUUUAAUAUUGCUUAUCCGCUGCCGAAGAUUGAUUUGAUUGCCAUUGCGGACUUCAGUGCUGGUGCUAUGGAAAACUGGGGGCUUGUUACUUACAGGGAAACAUGUUUGUUAGUUGACCCGCAAAACACAUCAGCAGUCCGUAAACAAUGGAUUGCUUUGGUCGUUGGACACGAACUCGCACAUCAGUGGUUCGGUAAUUUGGUCACCAUGGAAUGGUGGACGCAUCUGUGGCUGAAUGAAGGCUAUGCUUCGUUUGUGGAGUUCCUUUGCGUUAAUCAUCUGUUCCAGUACGAUAUCUGGACACAGUUCGUCACAGAUAUCUAUAUCCGCGCGCUCGAACUCGAUUGUCUCCGCAAUUCGCAUCCGAUUGAAGUACCUGUUGGUCACCCAUCUGAAAUCGAUGAAAUCUUCGAUGAUAUCAGCUACAACAAAGGUGCGUCUGUUAUCCGCAUGUUGCACCACUACAUCGGAGACGAGGAUUUCCGCAAGGGCAUGAAUCUGUACUUGACCAGACAUCAGUACAAGAAUACAUUCACAGAAGAUCUCUGGGGUGCUUUGGAAGAAGCCAGCAAGAAACCAGUUGGUGAUGUUAUGUCUACCUGGACCAAACAGAUGGGUUUCCCUGUUGUGAAGGUAUCUUAUGCUAAUGCGGCUGAUGGGAAAGGUUGCACGCUUGCUUUGGAACAGAGCAAGUACUGCGCAGAUGGUGUUCAUCCAAAGGAGGAGUAUUUGUGGAUGAUUCCGAUCUCUGUUUCCACUUCGAAGAAUCCAGGCGUGGAAACGGCGAGCACUGUCUUGAAGACAAAGACAGGAGAGCUCUUUGUACCUGAUGUGGGGCCGAAUGAUUGGAUCAAAGUAAACCCGGGAACCAUUGGGUACUACAGGACGCAGUAUCCGGUUGAGAUGUUGGAAAGAUUGGAGCCGGCUAUUCGCGAUCGUAGUCUGCCGCCUUUGGAUCGUCUUGGAUUGUUGGAUGAAUUGUUUGCCAUGGUUCAAGCUGGGCAUACCAGUACCGUAGAGGUGUUGAAACUGAUGAAGGCUUUUGAGGCGGAGGAUAACUACACUGUCUGGUCGUCUAUUACCAACAUUUUGGCGAAGAUCAGUGUUUUGUUGUCGCAUACCGAUUGUGCAGAUGCUUUCAGAAAGUAUGAGAGGGAUUUGUUAUCACAAAUCUCCAAGAGAUUGGGCUGGAACCCAUCGCCAGAUGAGAGUCAUCUGGACACAUUGCUGCGCGGUUUAGUACUUGGACGUUUGGCGUGGUUAGAUGACGAAACUACUAUCGCCGAGGCAAAGAAACGUUUUGCUACUCACAUUGGAAAUGGACCAACGUUACCUGCUGAUCUUCGCAGCGCUUGUUACAAAGCUGUGCUUCGUGCUGGUGGUGCUGAAACAUAUGACACCAUGUUGAAGCUCUACAGAUCCGCAGAUCUGCAUGAGGAGAAAGAUCGUAUUAGUCGUGCUCUUGGUGCUAGCAAAGAUGUCAGCCAGUUGGCGAAAGUUCUAGAGUUUGCCAUGUCUGAGGAAGUAAGAUCCCAGGAUACAGUUUUCGUCAUCAUGUCUGUAGCGAUGACACCCCCGGGCCGUAAACUUGCCUGGCAGUUCUUCAAAGAUAACUGGAAGGUUCUGAUCGAUCGCUACCAGGGUGGUUUCCUCAUGGCGCGACUCGUCAAGUUCACAACCGAGAAUUUCGCAAGCGAGGAAUUGGCCACUGAAGUGGAGCAGUUCUUCAAAGAUCACAAAUCGCCGGGUACUGAGAGAACCGUUCAGCAAGCAGUGGAAACUAUCAGGUUGAAUGCCGCCUGGCUGGAUAGAGACACAGCGGCCAUCAAGGCUUACCUGUCCGCAUAAGCGGCGUGUAAGGACUUUCUUUACACAUAAUGAAAAUAUGCCAGUGAUUGAUUGUAUGGUUGGUUCUUGCUUGAACAUGCCAGUGCAAAUGUUUUGUGUGUUUCUUUACAGGCAGAAGUGGGUAGAAAUUCUUGUGCAUUUGAUGAGAGAUGAUUUUCAUAAAUUUUAUAUACAUACAUACAAAUUAUUAUGGUAAAACACAAUAUGUACUUAAUGAUUUAUUAUUCUAUUUGUGAAUAUACCUGUUAGAUGGUAAACCAA